CAAAUGUCAAGACCGAAAGUGCGAAAAACACCAUGUAUAACCCUAACCCUCUUCAUGGGGUUUAUCAGAAGCGCUAAUGUUACAUCAUUACAAGGCCGACAGGGAAGCUCCAGUUAAUCGCCGCUAAAAAGUCGUGAUAACGGUUUCCACUGCCGCUGCCGCCGACAUUCGCCAUCCGUCCGCAUUGCCGUGAUCUUUUGUCUGUCUGACUUUGCGCCGAACACCUUGUCACUCUCUAGCAGCCAGUACCGCACCCACCACCCUUUUCAAAAUGUUGACCAGGUCCCUUUUCUCGAGGCAACUCUUCGCCGCCGCAUCCCGGCCGGCCAUUGCGCCCAAGGCCGUCUCCUCCGCCUUCCGCCCCGUCCUCUUCUACCAGAACCGCUUCCUGUCCGAUGCGACCCGCCAGGCCAUCGACAAGGCCGUCGCCUCCGCCCCCGUCGUUCUCUUCAUGAAGGGCACCCCCGAGACUCCCCAGUGCGGCUUCUCGCGCGCCAGCAUCCAGGUUCUGGGUCUGCAGGGCGUUGAUCCCAACAAGUUUGCUGCUUUCAACGUUUUGGAGGAUGCCGAGUUGAGGCAGGGCAUCAAGGAGUACAGCGACUGGCCCACCAUUCCCCAGCUCUACAUCGACAAGGAGUUCGUCGGCGGUUGCGACAUCAUUGUCUCGAUGCACCAGAACGGCGAGCUUGCCAAGCUUCUCGAGGAGAAGGAUGUCUUGGUCAAGGGCGAGGAGGGUGCUGCUGAGGAGCAGACCGAGAAGAAGGAGUAAAGAAAAGAAAAGAAGGGGCGGAUGCGGAUGCGGAUAUUGGCUAUGCGUGGAGGGAGAUGAGUGAUUCAUGAAGCCCAUUGUACUUGUACUGAUACCAUUUGACAGACGAUUUGGAUCGCAUGCGUAGACUGUACGAUAUGUGUUUACUCUUUACGUUGCUGAAAAUAGGCGUGGAGAUGUUGCUUGGGGAUUUCUCUGGGCGUUGAAAAGGGACAUAACAGUAGAUGAAGGCCGGUUCAUGUCAUAUAUGGCCUAUACAGUACAUAGGAAACAGAUUCUGUCAAAACU